UUACAGCUCAUAAUAUUUUAACACCCCGGAAGUGAUUUUGUUUGACAAGAUAACAAGUUUUCAACAUGCCUGCAGACUUUAUUGGGUUCGGUUAUGCAAUGACAGUUGCUGCAGGUGGUGUAAUCGGCUACGUUAAGUCAGCAAGUUUACCGUCCCUGGCAGCUGGUUUGGCUUUUGGAUCGAUAGCCGCUGUUGGAGCGUACCAAACAACACAGAACCCAGCUGAUGUCAAAGUAUCCCUGGCCAACAGUGGUACCUUGAUGUGCAUGAUGGGGUACAGAUUUUUUAACUCCGGAAAGUUCAUGCCAGCAGGACUUAUUGCUGCACUAAGUUUGCUGAUGGUAAUGAAAAGUGGCUACAAGAUGAUGAGCCAGUAAUAGCCUUUUUGUUAAUGUUCAUCAAUUAUAAAACAAUACUAGCAUUGUGAGAUCUACAUUUGGAUAUAUAUCAUUGUGUAUAUAAUAUCAUUACCAUGUACUAGCAGUAAAAAGUAACUGAACUUGGUACAUUUGUCUAAACAUUACAAAGAGGUGUUUGAUCAUUUCUGAUAUUUAAGAGAUGGAUAAGACUCAAGAACAAAGUGGUAUUUCCUCAUAACAUGUGGUUUUUAAAAUUUAAGCAAUGCCAAUGAAUAUUUAAAAUGAUUACCCCCAGUUACUGUUGAACAUUGUAAUUUAAAUUUAUUCUAGAAAUGUUUUCUUUGAUGCAUUUUGAUGACAUGUUUAGGAUUUAUGCUGGAAAUAUCCUGUUAUAGCUGUUGUGUAUUGGUUAUUGAAUAAUAUUAUAGCAUAUUUUGAUAAAUAAAUUGUCACAUAAG